UUCCUUAUAAAACAAUUUAUUUUAUUUUUCACCGUGUUAAUGUUGUAAUUAUAAAAAAAUAUCUACCUUUUGUCAAAAAAAUAAAAAAAUCCACUCGAAAAAAACGAAACAAGCCGAGGAUGGUUUGGGCGGGAAAAAGGUAGUUGUUCCCUCCAGAUUACAAAUUUCAGUGUCCCAGUCACUCAGUCAGUCCUUUCGUUCCUACAUUUCUCUUUUGUUACACUCCUCCCCCAAAUCCCUAAUUCCUCGCCAAAACCCUAAUUUCCAAACCCAACAACCUCAAAUGAUGACCGUCGAUCCCAACAAUUCAGCUCCGCAUGAACCCUCGGUGCCGGAACUCAGCCUCGGUGAGUCCCCACUGCAGGAGCAGAGGUCAGUACGCCGGCGAUUGGUUCAAGCGACGUUGUUCCCACUCAAACCCAAGCCACAAGAUCGUCAAGUUAACGAAGAUCUCAAGUGCGAGAGGGAUUGCGAUGAGAUCCUGGAUAGCAAGGACGAGGAGUACUGUGAGAGCCAGAACAAGAGAAAGAGAAAGCCUAAAAGGAAUUCAACACCUCCAGAAAAAGCAUCUGGGAAGGCGAAAGGAAAACGAUCGACGCAUAAUGUUCCGCAGAAAAGUCCAACAAAUGUACAGAGCGAAGAUAUAGCUGUUGUUAGCCCUGAUAAAGAAGCACAAAUGACAACCCCUAAAGUAAAAUUAACUGCUGAGGGAACAGCUUCUCGAAAGGCGAGAGGAAGAGGGUCUGCAAAUAGUACUCCAAAGAAAAAUUCAACAAUUACACAGACGGAAGAUGUAACUGUUGUUAUCCCUGAUUUGCGGCUAGAGGCAAGACUGACAGCCCAGGAAAAUUCACGGAUGUCUGCAGGAAAAAAACUACAUCCUUUUUUUUCAUCUUGGAAGGAAGACAAGAAAAAUCGAGAGGUAAUUGAUGUAGAGGGCAACAAAUUUGCAGUUGGUAGGCAAAACAAAGAGAAGACUUUUACCCCAAUUCAUGUAUUUGAAAGAAGUCAGGAUACUGACAUGUCCCUUGACUGGGGAACCUGGAAAUUUUCUGAGGAGAUCUUUAUGAAAAGUAUUUGGGACCUAGAAAGCUCAUGCCAAUCUAUUUUUGAAGGCUCCAUUGAGUGCUUAAGUUUUCAAAAGUUUCAUGUUAUUUUACACCCCGACAAUGCAUCAAGUUUUCAGGAUAAGGUUUUUUCAGAUGACUGUGUUAUUCAAGAAGAUUGUAUUUAUGAAACAUUGCCAACAGAUGAUGAAACAGAGGACAGUGAGAUAAAUAAACUUGAUUCCUUCGGUGAACCUGCUGGUGUGGUAAGAAAGCAAAACACUAGGAAGGAAAGUAGAUUUCUUGAAGACAGAAUGAAGUCAUACUAUCUUGGUUGUGAUAAUCAACUAAGGAAUAGCUUAUGGACUUACAGUUACCAGCCAAAAACUGCCACGGAGGUAUGUGGUAAUGCUGAUUCUGUGAAGUUUUUGAGUGUGUGGCUACAACAAUGGCGGGAAAGAAAUUUUCAAAUCUGCAGUGAUCUUAUUAAUUGCGAUACAAGUGAUGGGCAAAAAGAUGAUUAUAUCUGUUCUGAAAGUGACUCUGAUUCAGGAAGCCAAUGUGAGGAGGACAAGCUGAAAAAUGUCCUCUUAGUUACAGGACCAGUUGGGAGUGGAAAAUCUGCUGCUAUUUAUGCUUGUGCGAAAGAGCAAGGAUUUGAAGUUUUGGAGGUCAAUGCAUCUGAAUGUCGAAAUGGAGCUUAUGUGAGGCAGAAGUUUGGGGAGGCUCUUCAAUCACGUCGAGUUAUAAGGUCACUAACAAAUGCUGCUGGUUCUUCAAAUAGGCAUGUUCUGAUGCCCUCUGCAGCUCUGGUCAAUGGUUCGGCAAGUCAAGAAUAUGAUGUUGGCAUUGCUGAAGUGAUAGCAUUAUCAGAUGAAGAUCGUCAUAUUGAAACUGGAGUAUCUGGAAUUUUUUCUCACGAGGAGGCUGGAAGUUGCUCUUAUAAGAGUGAAGUUAAGCCUUUAAUUCUUUUUGAGGAUGUGGAUAUCACUUUUCUUGAUGAUCGAGGUUUUAUGGCUGCAGUGCAACAGAUUGCUGAUACUGCCAAAGGACCCAUAAUAUUGACUAGCAAUAGUCACAAACCUCUACUGCCAGAUAAUUUAGACAGAUUAGAAAUUUGUUUUUCACCACCAUCACCGGAGAUGCUGCUUUGCCAUGCACAUAGGGUUUGUGCUGCAGAGAGAGCCAACAUCCAACCUCAUGUCAUAGAGCAAGUAAUUGAUUCUUGUCAGGGAGAUAUACGUAAAAUGAUUAUGCAUCUUCAGUUCUGGGGCCAGGGUAAUAGCUCUAAGAAAGGUAAGAAAAAUCAAAGGGCAUAUGGAUCACUUCUAUUUAACCUGGAGGCUGGCCAUCAGAUACUUCCUAAAUUAAUACCCUGGGACUUAAGCUCUGAGUUAUCAGAGCUAGUUGAGAAAGAGAUUGCUGAGUCGUUAUCCAGGGAAGAUAAUUCUAAAUUAAUGGAUAUAAUCGAGGACAAGCAUGCAAUACCAUUCAGUUUUGUGAAUAAUAAUGUUGAAACAGAAACUAUAGAGGCAAAGAAGGAAGCAAUGUUGAACCUCAAUUGCUCAGUCUAUGACUAUGAUGAGUUUAGAUCUCAGCUUGAUACUCGUGAGGUUUCUGAUAAUUUAGAUUCCCCAUUUUCAUGCAUACGGCAGAAUGUUCGAAAAAAGCAUGACGUAGUGUCUUCUGAUUCUGAAGAUGAAUUUGUGGAUAAUGGAUGUCCCAUGUAUUUAGAUGAAGACACUCACAAUGAACCACUAUUUGGAAGGAGCCCAUUAUUUAAGGAGCAACCUGGUUCGGUUGCAGCAGAUGUAGAUGAAAGGCUUUAUCACCAUUCAGACUCUGCUGGCUGCAUCCCCUUAAAUGGUGAAUGCAAGUCAGUUGAUGUGUCAUGUGUGCCAGAAUCAUCAUUUGUUCCAGAAACUGAAAUUAACGAUUGCAGGGAGCAAGAUGUGACGGAUUCCUGUGGUUUUGUUGGGGAUACAUUGGAAGAAGUUUCAAUGACCAACAAGUUACUAGUUGAAAAUGAACAUGUUGAUAUAACAAAACCAGAAAUAAAAAGAGAUUCCGAUACCUUGUUAAGUAAUCACGGUGUAAUUGCCCAACUUUUCCAACAAGAGGAGGUGGAAGAUUCUCAAAAUGAGCAUGUAGAGGCUGUUGCAAUAGGGUAUCAGAACAAUCAGAUUUUGGAUGAGUGUAGCCGAAUGGAUUGUAGCAGAACUUUAAAAUGUGUAGAGAAGCCUAAACCCUUGUUGGUGCCUGAUUUAGUACAACAUUCAUGGAACCAACUUCGUAGGCGCCACACAGAUUUAUCCCAGUAUGCGAGUUCAGAAGAGGAUGCUCUCCAAGUUGUCCAGCUCACUCAUAAAAUGACUAAUCUAAUCUCAGACACAGAUGUUUUGCUUCCUGACCGUCAACCACUAACAAGUGAUUCUUUGGAACCAUCAGUGAUCACGUCUGAGGAGUCAGAUGCAUACAGUUCUUUUAAUAAAUCUCGGUUUGCUUCCACAACUGCACAACAUGGAUUUUGCUUGUUUGCAAAAGACAUUGCUGCUGUUGGAUCAAGGAUGGGUUCUGCCUGCACUGUUGAUCUCACCUCAAUGUUGGGCUGUGCAACUGGUCCGCUGGCUUUGGCUAAAUUAGCUGAACAGGAUACGGCAACAAGUAGAACUACAUGGACUGGAAGAAAUUCAGAAUUGAACCUCGCAGAAACUGAUGUUUCUUUUAAAAGCGAAAACAAAUCACACCUUGUUGAUGUGGUUCAAUCCAUUGUUCCUUCGAAAUCUCUUAUGACACUGAAAGGUUCAGCGUGUUAUGAGUAUCUUUCUUCACUGCGUUGCAUUUCAAAAUCAGAAGCUUCUCGAUUAUCAAAUGACACUGGGAAACCUAGGAAACGCAGGAGGUGGGUUGAUCGGCACUACUUAAGUACUGGUACGCUGAUGUUGAGUCCUGAAGAAAUAUCGGCUCUUGGUAAAAUGAACAUGCCUAAAUAAAUUUUUUCUCAAUGCUCGGGUGUAGUUUGGAGUUUUGAUUUCAAAGCAAGGAAAACUAACAAAGCUGCUGCGGCAACUCUGCCUCAGUGAUUGGCUCUGCACAACGGCAGGAGAAUUGAAUGUGGUAUGUUUGGGCUGACCUUCUCAUUUAAAUUAAAUUAAUUAGUUACUUAGUAAUUAUGAUAUUGUCUGUGUCAAUGGCCGGCCAGCCAGCCAAAGUUUUCUUAGAUUGGACAAUAAGAGGGUAUGAAUGUGAUUAGCAUUUUAAGCUAUGGUUAGAUCCCAUUUCUCCCCAAUUGUACAGUGCUUUUGGUUUUAGCGAAAGUGAUUCUUUGUAUCGGUACUAAUUAUAAGCAGUAUAACCGAGGUGGUUCUUUCUGGCA